UUUCACCUCUAUGACCUUAACCAUCCAUCUUCAAUAAAAAUCAUCCUUCUUAACCAUGGCUCUGAAAGUUCUUGCCCUUCAAUUACUAGCAUCAUUGGCUGCAUUCUUGCCUACAACUAGCCCCGCCAAUCUUAGUUAUCCAGCAGUGUUUAACUUCGGAGAUUCGAAUUCAGACACCGGAGGCCUCAAUGCAGGAAUUGCUUUUCCUAUUAAACGUUUCUGCAAUGGAUAUUUGAUCAUUGAUUACCUAAUGAAUGAAAUGGACCUACCAUUUCUGAAUCCAUACUUGGAUUCUGUUGGUGCACCAAGCUUCCAAACAGGAUGCAAUUUUGCAACUGGAGGGUCUACUGUUCUUCCAGCCAAUGCAGCCUCAAUAAGCCCCUUCUCCUUUGGAAUUCAGGUUGCUCAAUUUGGCAGAUUCAAGGCAAAAGCUCUUGAGAUACUAUCUAAAGACAAGAAGCUUCAAAAUGUCCUCCCUUUCGAAGAUUAUUUCAAGCAGGGCCUUUAUACAUUCGAUGUGGGACAGAAUGAUCUUGAUGGUGCAUUUUCUUCUAAAUCAGAAGACCAAGUAGUUGCUUUAAUCCCAUCUAUUAUGACCGAAUUCGAGGCCGGAAUUCAGAAACUAUACAAUCAGGGGGCUAAGAAUUUUCGGAUUCACAACACAGGUCCACUGGGAUGCCUACCAAGAAUUAUUGCAACAUUUGGGAAAAACCCAUCACAGCUUGACCAAUUUGGAUGCGUUGCUUCCCACAACCGUGCUGCUACUGCUUUCAAUGCACAACUACAUGAUCUUUGUUUCAAGUUUCAGAGAAAAUUCCCAGAAGCCAAUGUUACUUACAUCAACAUCUACAAAAUAAAGUUGGACCUCAUCACAAACUAUGCUCAAUACGGAUUCAAACAAGGCAUAGCAGCUUGCUGUGGAUAUGGCGGUCUGCCAUUAAAUUUUGAUAAUCGGAUUAAUUGUGGAGAAACCAAGAAUCUCAAUGGGACUUUGGUCACUGCAACACCAUGCACUAAUCCAGAAGAGUAUGUGAAUUGGGACGGCAACCAUUAUACACAAGCUGCAAAUCAGUAUGUGUCAACCCAGAUAUUGACUGGAAAUUACUCAGAGACACUUGACAUCUUCCAAUAUUGACUCAGCAAUGGCGGCAAGCUACAUUUUCCACUUUCUGAAACUCUGUCCCUAUAGCCAUGGGCUCUAGUUAGCUUAAUGGGAUGAAUGUGUGAGGAAGCAUGACUAAAUAACUCUUGGUGUAACGAAUAUUUCUUUUUUCAAUAUUGGAAAUGGUCGAAGUUUAAAUCCCUCGUCACUUAUUGAUGAAAUGAAAAUUUGUGUAACAUGUAAUGUAUGAUUUAUACAUUCAUUAUACAUGAUCAAGGGAGGGGUGUUAAUGUAGAACAGAACCAAGUGCU